AUGAUGAAAAAUCACGAGCUCAAGACGCUGGGUUGGGGCAUGGGUACUGAUGGAGGUUUCAACUAUGUUGACCUGCAGAGGAAACCUACAGACGAGGAGAUGCAGGCUAUCCAAAUGGAAUGUGCCGAAAAGAUCCGAGAGAAUUUGUCGAUCAAGGUUGACACUCCAGAUAACACGAAGGAUCACAAGCUGCCUGGAGACUAUGACAAAUGCUGCGGCACCCACCUCGCGCAAACAUCGCACAUCUCCCUUAUCAUUCUCGGCUCGACACAGUCCGUCCACGGCAAAAACUGCCGCUUGUCCUUUAUCGCAGGCGACCGCGGCAUCAACCUUGCAAGCUCGUCCGUCAGCGCAAUCAACACCAUUGCCAAAAUGAUGUCCGUCAGCAGCAACCCGACUGAAGUAGUGACCCGUGCCACCGCUUUGUCCGACAGCGUAACCGACCUCAAACGAUCCGAACGAAAGCUCUUGCUCGAAGUCGCCAAGUUCGAAAGCGAACAUGCUAUCAGAAGUAUCAUCCAGAACAAGAUGAAUGCGUAUAUCUAUCGCUACGAAGGAAGCACCGAUUUUAUUAACAAGAUUGUCGGUGAAACGCGGGAUUUUCUCGAGGGUACCGAAUUUGUCGUAGUCAUUGCUAUUGGCGAGCCCAAAGGUGGUGGCCCAGUCGUCAUCGUUGGCGACAAGGUAGCUGUCGAUGCCAUGGCGAAAAAGGUCAAGUCUGUAGUCAAGGACAUCAAGGGCGGAGGAACAGGCGGAAAGUGGCAGGGAAAAGUGAAGGAGUGGACGAAUGCAGAGCUCGUCGCUUUGAAGGAUGUAGUUGAAUCAUAG